AGGAAGACAGGUUGCUGCAGAAAGAAGCAAAAUUUGGAGAGAAAAAAGCGGUAGUUGUGGCGUUGAUGCUUCAUCUUCACUUUCUCUCUCUAGAAUCACCGCACGGAGGAAACACGCCGGCGCCGGCUAAUGCUUUAUUUGCAGAUCACCGGUAUCUGAUUUUUCUUUUUCUCGAUCCGAAUUGAAUGCCAGCAGAUAGAUCCAAGUAUUUGAGCCAACUUUUUUUUGCAUUUGUUACUUUCCAAUUUACGCUUCAGAUUAUAUGAUUCUUUGGUUUCGCAUUUGCUUAUCAACAAGUUGGAGUUCAAGUUCAUCACUAGAGCUUUCGUCAAGCAAGUUGACUCUUUGUCUACGGUAAGUCAAAGAAUUUCAUUAACAUGGAAAGACCCGUUUUUCUGCUUACAGUUCGAAGUUGAGAUACAGUUCUUACACUCGGAGGACUUCAAUUUCACGUGGACUAUAUAGGUUUGUUCUCAGCUUAGAGCCCAAUCCGCAAAUCUAGGGUUCUGUUGUGGCAGUGGCAGUGACAUUGAGUCGUCAAUUGUAAAGGGCGGAUUCUGUAAUAGAUUUAAAUGCAAGGAAUUAGCCGGUUCUGAAUGUCUUUCAUGGAAAUGAUAACGUCAAGGAAUGAAAUUCAGUGGACAGAUUUUCAUGGUAUUUGAUUUUGUCAGUAUUCAAGUGGGGUCUCUUUUGGAUUGAUAUCAUUUGACAGAGGGGAAGAAGAAUAUAAAUGUUGGAUGCUGUGUUUGCAAUAUGUCUUGUGUUCUCUGGGAAUGCUGUUUGAGAGAGUGAUUGUUGAGUGGUAGUGAAAUCAAGUUUGAAGAUGCCCCCUUCUCCAGCAAUGAGAUGCUCUCUUGGGAGGGAACUGAAAGGAGAUAAUCAUAAAAGAGGACGUAGCCUUGAAGGCCCGACAGUUUUCAGGGAGAAGGAUGAUGAUCUUACCAUGUUCAAUGAGAUGCAGACGAAAGAGAAACAACAUUUUCUGCUUCAGUCAAAUGAUGAUUUUGAAGACACAUUUUCAUCCAGGCUAAGGUACUUCUCGGAGUGCAAACUUGGGGUUUCUAUUCCAGCCCGAGGUGAGAGUAGCGAGCUGCUAAAUGAAGAUGGAGAGAAGAAUGACUACGAUUGGUUAUUAACUCCUCCAGAUACACCAUUGUUUCCUUCUUUGGAUGACGAAACGCCUUCAGUCACUCUUACACAAAGGGGAAGACCUAGAAGUCAACCUAUCACAAUAUCAAGAUCAUCUACGAUGGAGAAGAGUCAGAGAAGCAGUGCAAGCCCAAAUCACUUAAGCCCGUCUCCUUGUUCUGGGAAUAAUUCCUACCAGUCAAGAGGCCGACCAUUUUCAGCACCCCAUAGGAGUCCAACUAAUAGUCUACGUCAAGAUUCCCCUUCUAGAAGACAAUCUCCUCCACCAAAUAAACCAUCCUCACCUCUUCCAAGGUCUUCAACACCAACUGCACGUGGGACUGCUGGAGGAUCGGGUGGAAAGGUAUCUCCCUCAGGGUCAGGGAUAAGGAGUGCCUCACCCGUGAAGACAAGCAGAGGGAAUUCUGCAUCACCUAAAAUAAGGGCAUGGCAAACAAAUAUUCCAGGUUUUUCCCUUGAGGCUCCUCCUAAUCUGCGAACAUCAAUAUCAGACCGACCACCCUCAUUUGCACGGGGUUCUUCACCAGCAUCCAGAAAUGGUAAGGGGUCCUCCUCUAGAUCUGGAAGGCAAUCAAUGUCGCCUACUCCAUCCAGAAGUGUAAGUUCAUCGCACAGUCAUGACAGAGAGCCGUCCAGCACUCACAGCAAAGGAUCUGUGGCAUCCUCAGGCGAUGAAGAUGUAGAUUCUUUGCAGUCUAUGCAUGUAGGUAGCUCAGAUUACUCACGGACAAGAAGAGUAAUUACAUUUGGUAACAAUAAAUCCCCAACAUUGUCCAAAAAAACAAGUAGGACGGUUCUUUCAAGUUCUACUCCAAAAAGAUCCUUCGACUCAGCACUCCGACAGGAUCACAAAAAAGGGCCGCAGAAUAUGUUCAGGCCACUCUUAUCUAGUGUGCCUAGCUCCACUUUCUAUGCUGGAAAAACAAAUAUUUCAAGUCAUGCUACGGCCUCAAGAAAUUCCCCAGUCGCAACAAGCAGUAACACAAGUUCUCAUCUGGGUAUGUUCGGUCCUCAUGAAACUAAAAGCAGUAACCACAAUCAGGACGAUGUUGCUCGUGAAUUUGAGAAAGUAGCAUAUGGUGGUACUCAUGAAGAUUUAUUUGCGUUUGACGAGGGAGAUGACCUAAAUGAAGAUGUUUUUGAUAGUCGAUCACAUGUUGGCCAACGUCUCCAUUUUAGUGUACAUACUGAAGAGAGCUCUGAGAUAACUGAUGCGGAUAAUGUUAACAUCCUCAAGACGUCUCUGGAUUCUGCAGCAGCUUCUGAACUUUUUGAGUUUGAGGACACUUGUGAGGAAUUGGAAUUUGUAGAUAUAAUACUUUGUUCCAUAUGUGGCAACAGGUAUAGUUUGGUUGACUUGACAGAUAGUGAGGUGAAGAUCUGCAGAGACUGCUGGAAGGGGAAUGAGGCUAUCAAGAAUUUUGAUAAAUCCAGGUUAUUGGAGGAAAUAGAACUUCUGGAAGCUGUGACCCAACCCUCUAAAGAAACUCAUGUGGCUCAAGUUAAGGAUGAGCAAUCAUCCUCAUUGAAAUCAAAUCAGAAUUUAGCAUUUGAAAAUUCUAAUGUAAGAACAUUAAAAGAGGAUGAGCAAAUGUUUGAAAAUGAGCCACCAAUAAACAAACCUAUCACAGGCUAUGAUCAUCCUUCUCCUAUUGACAAUGGACGUCAAAACAUGCAGCAUCUAAGUGAUACUCUGAAUUCAAUUGGUUGUGUUUCUGAAGGUUCAGGCAUUUCCAUACUGCUAAAGAGAUCAAGCAGCAACAAAGGGACAGUUUUCCAAGGUAGGACUUUUGCUGCAAUUGGCGUUUCUUAUGACGAUCCAUUGUAUGUGAGGGAGAGUUCAAUCAGCACGAGAAGCUCAAUUGGUCAUGUCAGUGCAUCUGCAUCAUCGUCUAUGGAUUUGGGCUCAUCCAGACAAACAGAGGCUUGUGUGCAGAGACAAAUGAGUGGAAAGAAACUCGACACUGAAAAUUAUCGGCAUGAAAUAAGCCGGAAACACCAGCGCACAGGUUCAUCUAUGUCUGGGGCUUCUGCUUCUUUGUCUGUUCUUUCUUGUUUGGAUGUUUCAACUAGUACCUGUAGAGAAAAUUUUGAUGGUGUUUCUAUUUCCCAUCCUGAAGACAAGGUAGAAUGUGACAAUCUUUGUGGGAACUUAGGUGGUGAUUGUACCAAAGCAUCUGAUAUAGAUGCUGAUAAUUCAAUUUCCUAUCCUAAUGAUGGAGAGUCAAAGAAAGUUGUAAGAACGGAAGACCAAGAAGAAUGUAUACCUGUUGACUUUAACGAGCUGAAUAACAGCAUCCUUCGUGAGGUCGAUAUUGAGGAUGUAGAAACCACCCAGAACUCAUCGGAUUCUGACUCCACAACAGAAGUUGAAAAUAAUGGUGUUCCAGAUUUGGCUAGCUCGGAAUCUGAAGUAGAUUCACCAAGUUCAAAGAACGCUGCAGAAGAUAUACCUGAAUCUGUUGCUUUGUCCCCAGACAAGGAUACAACUGCAUCGUCCACAGAAACCAAACCGUUAGAUCAUAGUUCUAGCAUCCAUGAAGAAUCAACUGUUCUGCUAGAGGAGGGGCAUGGCCAAACAAAGAUGAGAAGCCUGACUUUGGAGGAAGCAACAGAAGCAAUACUUUUCUGCAACUCUAUAGUCCAAAACAUAGCUAACGAGGCAGCAAACAUUGCAAUCGAUAAAGAAAGGGCAACUGAAUUGGAGGUACCGCUCCCAAUGCUGCCACAUUUAAUGGGACCCACCAUGAAUCUCGAUAGAAAGGACCCUCGAGGACAAACUCUGGGGAAACGGGGACCGAGGUCCCAAAAGCAAAACCGGAAACGAGUGCAAACAGAGUCUAGAACUGUCCCCGAUUCCCCAGAUGAUGGCAAACAUGUAAAUGCGUCAGCUACUACUACCACACGAAUUGUCGGGGUGGUGGCUAGUCAGACGGACAGCAUGAAACCGCCGCCUCCUAAGCUAGAAUCGAAGUGCAAUUGCAGCAUUAUGUGAAAUUUGAGGGGAUUUUCUUUGGGUUAGUUGUGGUAGAGUAUGAAAGAAGUGCAUUGGGUGGGUAUUAUUACUAUUAUUAUUAUUAUGAAUUGUAAAGUUACAUUAUUCUUGUUAGUCGGCGUCUAUAUUUUGUUUAGAAAGUGUGAAAAUAGUUUGUGGUUCAUCGACGAUGAUGAUGAUAUGGUAAAAGAGGAGGAAUUCGUUGCACAUAUAGUAUUCCCUUCAGUUGUAAUUUGUGGAUCUUCUCCUCUUAGUUGUUAAGCAAUUGUAUUCCUUGAUUUGCCUUA